UACUGAAGGGAAAUUCAAAUUGAGCGGAAGGGCGGGCGGAGCCAGGCUAGAUCAUCUGUGCCAACAAUAAACCUUUGGACUGCCCUGUCACCGUUGUCAGUCUGUGCACUUGGGUCCUGCCUAACCCCCCCGUUACACAUAUAUCCAGCAGUUAUUAUUAUUGAGACAUUAUCAAUAUUUUAUUCAUAUUGUAUCUCAACAAAAGCAUCAAAACAGAAGCUGCGAUGAAACAGAACUGACUUUGAUGCCAUGUGAUGCGUCCACACUUAAACUUCCAUUAAAGAGCAGCCAUACUGCAAUUACCAAAAGCCGCUUUCAUCAGCCUCGGCACGGCCGUCAGCAAGGAUGGGCAGAACUCAAUGGUCCCAUUGUCUUCUGCUUUAUUUCCCAUCGCAAACAUCGUUUUUUCAGUAGCCGUGCUGUUUGUGUGAUCAGACUUGCAAAUGUUUGAAGUCAUUGGUUUGUGUUGUCAUCUUUCUUUGAGAAGGAUCAAAAGAUACAUAAGGUCCUUUACAUCAAUCCGAAGAGCCACAACGCUAAGGUUGGCUCUCUGGAUUCAGUAAUUUGCCCUCAGAUUUGGAUAACAUUGUACAGCAGUAGCUAGGGAGACUAGAAGAAAAAGGUUAUUUAAAUGUGAAUGUAAAUAUUUGGAGAGAUUUGGCAGUCCAAUCUUUUUUAUAGUUCGAAACAAUUGAGUAUCUUUCUUAAAAAGUUAUUUUCCCAGACUUAAGGUCUAAGGUCUUCAUUUUUUUAAUGUUAUUAGCUAGUGAUUUAUAAAUAGGUUGGAGCACAUAACCUAAUCUGACCAUUUAUUUGAAUCCAUAAUAUCUGCAAUUGUUCCUCUAAUGAUAUUUGUCGGCUGCAUAAUAAGGCGUGGUGAUCAUCCCUUCGAGCGUGUUUGCUUUAGUCCACCGUUCGCGUCAUCCUGCGGUCCGUCUGCGUAAACCCAAGUCCUUCUGAGCACAAUGCACAGCAAACAUCCAGGAAUGUGAACCCGCCAGGUGCUGCUUCAUCUUUUGUCCGGGCCUGAAAGGAGAUUUGAAAUCUGCCUUACGUAGCUUAUCCCCUCCUCAUCCUGUUCCUCUCCACUCAGGACGGACUCAUUCAUUCAUUGUGCUUUUUGUGUUUGUUUUUAAUCAUUGUCCACUGCAAACAUCCUCGGUAGCACUCCGCUGCUGUGGCCCAAUACACCCCAGGAAACAAUAGAUAUGCAAUACCAAUGUUUGUUGUAUCAAAACGGUUUCACCAGCGCAAUUGCUUUGUCCCAUAGAGCUGUUCAUUUUUAGUUACAAUAGCCUACUAUUUUAUCCACUAUGCAAUAGGCCUAUGCAUGCUGUGAAAACACCUGCACCUCAAGGAACAUGGAAAUGACACAAGACAUGGUCACACAUUUGAGCUAUUUGUGAGGAGGAUCAAUCAGGCAUAUGAUUAUGUUCAAUGGGCAUAAUUAACAGGCCAGACGUUGGGAUUAUUCAAACAUCCUUUCUACAGCGUUUCUUUAUACGAACGCAGACCAUUAUGCCCAUUUUGUAUUACAGUUUAGUAAACAGACAACGAUAUUCACAUUUUCACAUUUAAUAAUUACAAAAUUGAUGUUAGUAGGCCUACAGAAUAACAAAAAGUUUCAAAUGAAUAGUGACACUGCAUUAGUCUGAACAAUGUGUGGGAUAAUUCAGGUUUUAACGUUUGUUCUUUGGCCUCAAGAGGUUUAUUGAAUGCCAUAUUCCUUGAUCAGUCACUCAAGUUAAAAUAUAUAGUAAAUAUAUAUAUAUAUAUAGAUACAUAUAUCACUUAUGUAGGUUUGUUAAAAUGUAAAUUAAAAAGUUAUGUAGACCUAUAUUUGUUGUUUUGACAUUUCUUUUGCACUAUUUACAAUACGCCUACAGAAGGGAGAAGGUUUCUAUUUGUUAAAAAAAGACAGAAGAUAAAAGCAUGAACAUUAUAGAUAGAAAAAAAAAAGGAAAUUGAUAGAUGUUUUUUUGAAGGCUUCCAUGCGUCACUCAGCGAGGGCGUGCCCUCCAUAGUGGGGUAUAUCAAGCCGGGAUCCACAGCAUCCAAUCAUCCAAUCCAUCAGCGUCACCGCAGACCCCUACCUCCACCUUGCAUCUCCUCGUCUGUUUGUGGACAGAACUCAGGCACUCACUCGCACAAUGGACGCAGAGGAAUACAACCGUAGAGCGAAAGAGUUAGUGGACUACAUCACGGAGUACCUGGGCUCCAUCAGAGACAGGAAGGUGAUCCCGGAGGUGAAGCCGGGGUACAUGAGGGAGCUGCUCCCCGACUGUGCGCCCUCCGAGCCGGACAGCUGGGACUCGAUCUUCAAGGACAUCGAGCGUGUCAUCAUGCCCGGGGUGGUUCAUUGGCAGAGUCCCCACAUGCACGCCUACUAUCCGAGCCUGACGUCGUGGCCCUCCAUGCUGGGGGACAUGCUGGCGGACGCCAUAAACUGUAUCGGCUUCACCUGGGCCUCCAGUCCUGCGUGCACAGAGCUGGAGAUGAAUGUGAUGGACUGGCUGUGCAAAGCCCUCGGGCUUCCCCCCUUCUUCCUCCACCACCACCCGGACAGCGUGGGGGGGGGCAUCAUCCAGAGCACGGUGAGUGAGAGCACCUUGGUGGCUCUGCUGGCGGCCAGGAGAGACCGGCUGCUACAGCUCCAAGCUGAGGUGGAUCAGCCUGUGGACGACUCAGUGCUCAACUCACGGCUGGUGGCGUACGCCUCUGACCAGGCCCACUCGUCCGUGGAGAAGGCGGGGCUGAUCUCUCUGGUGAAGAUUAGAUUUCUGCCGACGGAUGAAAAUUUUUCUUUGAGAGGGGAAACAUUGAAAGAAGCCAUUGAAGAAGACCGGAAGUUGGGACUUGUCCCCUUCCUGGUGUGCGCCACAUUGGGAACCACGGGAGUGUGUGCCUUUGACAACCUCUAUGAGUUGGGGCCUGUCUGCGCGGAGGAGGGCCUGUGGCUCCACGUCGACGCUGCAUACGCGGGCACCGCCUACUUCUGCACCGAGCUGCGCUGGUCUCUGAAAGGCAUCGAGUUCGCUAACUCGUUUGUUUUCAACCCUUCCAAGUGGAUGAUGGUUCACUUCGACUGCACAGCCUUCUGGGUGAAGGACAAGGUGAAGCUCCAGCAGACCUUCAGUGUUGACCCAGUCUACCUCAGGCAUGAGAACUCCCAGGCCGCCACCGACUUCAUGCACUGGCAGAUUCCACUAAGCCGGCGAUUCCGUUCCCUCAAGCUCUGGUUCGUCAUGCGAUCCUUCGGCGUGAACAACCUGCAGGCUCAUGUCAGACAUGGCAUCGAGAUGGCGAAGCUGCUAGAAUCUCAAAUCCGGAAGGAUCCUCACUUUGAGAUCCCUGCUCAGAGGCAUCUGGGCCUGGUUGUCUUUGCUCUGACGGGAGGGAACGCGGUGACUCAGGAGCUGCUGCGGCGGCUCACCGCCUCCCGCACCAUGUACCUCAUCCCCGCAGACAUCCACACCAAGCGCAUCAUCCGCUUCACCGUCACCUCGCAGUCCACCACGGCCGAGGACGUCCUCUCCGACUGGGCCACCAUCUCCAGGACGGCCUCCGCUCUCCUCGCAGAGCUCAACCCUCCUCAGACCGGCCCAGAGGACCCGCCAGCCGCGGAGGACGAGGUGCUGAGCGUCCUCUCCCGGGCCGACAGUGUGGAGACCGGGGAGACGCGCUCUGAGAGGACGGGGGGCCCGGCGGUGCCGCUGGACAAGGCCCAAGUGGAGCUGUGGAUUGACAAGGCCUGGAGCCGGCCCCGCAGGCCCAUGCGGUCACUCAGCUGCAGCAGCGCGCCGCUGCCCCACGCCUUCACCGCACCCUGGUCCAGGUUCGACUUUGAGGCGGCGCCCGGUCCUGCAGACCCCAUCAUUGUUCCUCCUCUGGGCGAUGCCAAGACGCGGCCCCCGCCUCCGUCCGCAGGGGCAGAUCAGCUGAGUAACAUUCCGGAGGUGCCCCAAGACCUCCUGGGUAAACGGGUCCUCAAAAAGCUGACCAAGUACUACAGCGUGCCCAGCUUCUGUAACCCGUGGGUGCCCUGCAGCCGGUACCAGCCCUGCUGCCCCCUCAGUGUUCAGCUCAACCCCUGCCUCCUGGCCUCCGCGUGCAAAACCCCGAGCUGCGUGUGUUCCCAUUCAGCGGGCGGCGCAGCUACCUCCACCUCCUCUGCCCCCCUGGACGCUUCCACCCAACAGGAUCUACUGUAACAACCCUACAGGAUCUACUGUAACCACACCACACCCUACAGGAUCUACUGUAACCACACCACACCCUAGAAGAUCUACUGUACCCACACCACACCCUACAGGAUCUACUGUAACCACACCACACCCUACAGGAUCUACUGUAACCACACCACACCCUAGAAGAUCUACUGUACCCACUCCACACCCUACAGGAUCUACUGUAACCACACCACACCCUAGAAGAUCUACUGUACCCACUCCACACCCUACAGGAUCUACUGUACCCACGCCACACCCUACAGGAUCUACUGUACCCACACCACACCCUACAGGAUCUACUGUACCCACACCACACCCUACAGGAUCUACUGUAACGACACCACACCCUACAGGAUCUACUGUACCCACACCACACCCUACAGGAUCUACAGUAAUGACACCACACCCUACAGGAUCUACUGUACCCACACCACACCCUACAGGAUCUACUGUAACGACACCACACCCUACAAGAUCUACAGGAUGUACUGUAACGACACCACACCCUACAGGAUCUUCUGUGACGAAACCAGUGGUGUAGUCUACGUGAUACGCAGGUAUACGCCGUAUACCCACUAGGAACGCACCAGGAUUUGCGUAUACCCACUUAAAAAUGUGCACGGAUACGUAUCAAUCGUCUUGUGACAGAUCUUUC